AUUGUGAAUGGCAGCGUUUCCAUCUGCUGUCAAACCCAGCUGUUUGACGUCAAAUCACUCACAUUGAAUUAACGGAGCGUCGAUAAAUUGUUUAAUUUUUUUGUAUAUAUAUACAUGUAUUACUUUUCGGUGGGAUCCUGAAUACAUAUUUCAAAUAAUUAGAGUAUGUAUCCUAAACAGCAUUAUAAUAAUCCCGUCGGAACUGAAACCUGAGACCGCAAUAUAUGUGCAAUGGACGGUGGCGAUUUGCAGGUUGUUGCGUUCGAUGACGAACAAAAAGUCGCUGUGGGAAGGGCGCUUAUGGCUAUAGCAGAUGAAGUCUUCGAAACACCAAAACUUGAGCCAAUCACAUAUGAACAAGACGACAUUAUAGAACUUCUAAGUGAUUCCGAAAAUGGGGCUGACGAUGAUGGAUUCGAGUGUGAGGUAUUUGGAAAAAUGUGUACAGAUUUGGAAGAAUUGCCAGAAAACUUGCAAGAAGAUUCACCUAAUCAACUUGAAUCUUUUAAAGUGAAUGAACCGAAUGACGCAGUUAAUUUCGCUGACCGUGCAGUUUUAGAUAAUGAAACGACUGCAAUUGUCAAUACAGAAUACAGGCAAUUCGUAACACAAAAUACAACAAAUGAAAUUAUCAUAUUAGAUGAUGACGACGAUGAAGAUCAUACGCUUUCCAGUGAAAAUAUUGCCGAAAGUAACAGUAAUGAUAACGGUGAAAUAUCCGAUAAGGAUGAGAAAGAGAAGAAGGUUUUCGAUCUCUUAGAAGUUGAUACGGAUGAUUCUAACCAACCAACAUCAUCCAAUAAUAGCAAUCGUCACACAAAUGCGUACAGCCACAAUUUAGAAGCUUUUCUAAUUUAUUUAUGUCCGCAGUGCGGAGUCUCAUGCGGAAAUAUUAAGAAAUGGAAUGCACAUACAGACAUCGUGCAUAACUUCCGUUCCAUUUCAACACUUAAUUUAAAUACCGUCAUUAGCCGACAAGGCCAACUACACUAUCAAUGUAACACUUGCGAAAAAAAAUAUGUUUCAGAUUCACCAUUUCGCGUUUUAUUGAACCAUCGCAUUCGACACAUGGCGAUUCCGGAAUUUUUACGAUGCCGAUUGUGCGAGGAAAGAUUUCCAUCUCGUUGCUCAUUUUUACGACACUUAAAGAAGGAUCAUAAAAAAAUUGCUUUGCAAAAACUUCGACGCACAGAACCAAUACGUGGCCACAUUCGGUUCUUCUGCCCGAUUUGUAGGGCGAAAGCAUCCAGCAUGAAUGUAUGGAUGCGUCACUUGGAAAAUGAACAUGAUUGGUAUAACCAAUUAGAGGAAAAAGUCAUUAAAAUAAGGGAUAAUAUAGUAGAAUGUAAAACGUGCGCGGCAACUUUUCGAUCGAAGCGAAGUCAAUGGCAUUUACUGCGCCACGAGAAGUACAAACCUUUCAAGUGCAAGCUGUGUAAAGAUGCAAGUGGGUAUGAUUUGAGUCUUCUUACGAAGCACAUCCGAGUAGAGCAUCUUAACGAGAUACCAUACGAUAGGCGAUAUCCUUGUAAUUAUUGUGAUAAGGUAUUUGGAACGCAUACUCGACGAAUCACUCAUAUGCUUGAAAUGCAUACAAUUCAAGAAUUGGCAUGUGAGGUGUGUGGAAAGAAGUUCAACUCUACCUCGGGGUUGUUGACGCAUAUGGCUAAGCUGAACCACCAAAAAAUUAAGUAAAAAAAGUAAAUAUAUCAAUCGUUGAUAGCCGGUGUAGAUAAAGAGCACAGGAAAAUACUUCAAGGCAAAAAGGAAUUAUAUAUAUAUAUAUAUGUAUAUAUAUACCCUUUUUUGGUGUUUGGCCGAGCUCCUCCUCCUAUUUAUGGCGUGCAUCUUGUUCCAAAAAUGGGGAAAGACACAGUUUUAAGCCGAUUCCGAACGGCAGAUAUUUUUUUAUGAGGGACUUGUUCGUGGCAGAAAUACACUCGGCGGUUUGCCAUUUCCUGCCGAGGGGCGACCUCUAUUAGAAAAUCAUUUUCUUCAAUUUGUUGUUUUAUGGAGAUUUGAACCAACAUUCUCCGCGUUUAGAAUGGUAGUCACUAGGGCGGGUCGAUUUAAAAAUCGCUCAUUGCUCUGUGAAAAUCGUAUUCUAGGGAUCAAAAUAAGAAACUUUGUCGAAGGAAGCAUACCUCUAAAACGAAUUCUGAUGUCCCCCAAUUUCAAAAUAUCACCAUUUUUGGCCUUUACAUGAAAAAAUCAGCUAAAUGGCUAUGCUUUUUCUUUAUUUUUAUUUAUUUAUAAUAAUAUCUAUUUUUUCUCUUAAGAAAUUUAUUUAGUCAGAACAUAUGUAAAUGAAAAAAUUAAUUUAAGUGAGUUAUAGAAAAGAAACUAAAAAGUUCGAUCCAAAUUGGGGGACAUCAGAAUUCGUUUUAGACGUAUGGUUCCUUCGGCAAAGUUUCUUGUUUUGAUCCCUAGAAUAUGAUUUUCACAGAGCAAUGGGCGAUUUUUUUGCCUCCCCCACAAAUCGACCCGGCCUAGUAGUCACCCACCACCAACUCAUUCGGCUACGGCGGACGCCCUGCCAUAAAAUACGUUAUGAUUAUUUACCUAUUUAGGAAUAAUAAGAUGAAGCACGGUUCGAUUACAUUUUUUUUUAAGAUUUGUAAACUUUAAAAUAUAAUUUCCUGUUAUUGAAAUUAGAAUGCAAUCAAAAUUGAUUAUCUGCAAUUAACAUACAAAUGUACCUAUAAGAUGUUACAAAAAACUAUUAAGAAAAUGCUAAAUAUCCAAUAAGCUUAAACCCCAUUAUGUUUAAGAGUGCGUUUUAAGUCAGUGCUAGUUUUAUGUGAGAUAAGGAAUUUGAUAAUAAAUAUACAUUAAAUAAAAUCAA